AUGUUGAUGAUGGCGACGAAACCACCAAAGAGUCCAAAAACGGCGAAAGCUCGAAAGAUGAGCCAGCCGUUUCCAGCAGCUCGACAACAGGUGACGGAGAGGGCGAUAAGCCAGUUGACACAAGCGACGUGAAAACGGAAGAAGUGAAAGAAUCUUCAAAGAAUGGCGAGGUUGAUUCAGCUAAUGCUGAUGAGAAAAGUGGCGAUGCCAAAGAAUCUUCAUCAAAGAACGGCAAAGUUGAUUCCACAGCCGGUCCUUCAGGCUCAGGUGAGGCUGGCGGCAGCAGUUCCGCUUCAAACGGCGAAGGCUCGUCCAAGAGUGUUGCCGAAGUGGUGGACGCCGAUCUCGCUAAGCCAUCAUCGUCUGGGAUCUCUUCCAAGUCUGCCCUGAGCAAAGGUGUCAAAUCCGAUAUAAUGCGACAGCUAAACCAACACAUCUACGAAGCCUUCUUCAAAAACUGCGGCUCAGAUGACGACGAUGAGGAAGAUGACGAGGAUGAUGAUGAAGAAGGCGAAAGCGGAAGCGAUUCGGAGGACGAUGAUGAUGACGAUGACGAGGAGGAGGACGACGAGGAGGACAGCGAAGACGAUGACGACUUUCAGGGCAUUGGCGGCCUUGAUUCGCACAUGAGUAAUGCCUACACUACUCCAGGCGGCGGAAGCGGUUGUACGGCCAUUGCCGCUGUCGUUCUCGGCAAUACUCUCUACGUCGCCAAUGUCGGCGACUCUCGAUGUGUCCUCUCUCGGGACGGCAAAGCUGUUGAGAUGUCCGAGGAUCACAAGCCCGAGGACGAGGGCGAGAAGAAGCGCAUUGUCAAAGCUGGCGGGGAAGUCACUGCUGACGGUCGUGUCAACGGUGGUCUCAACUUGUCCCGUGCCAUUGGCGAUCAUCUGUACAAGAAGAACGAGUCGUUGAGUGACGUUGAGCAGAUGGUCACCGCGCUGCCCGACAUUCGCACACACGAGAUUGACUUCUCUAAAGACAAGUUCAUGUUUCUCGCCUGUGACGGUAUUUGGAACUCGAUGAACAAUCAGGAAGUGGUCGACUUUAUCAGUGAGCGACUAAAAAGUGAGAUGCCACUGAAGACAAUUUGUGAGGAGCUUUUCAACCAUUGCCUGGCCCCGAAUACCGAAGGCGACGGCUCUGGAUGUGAUAACAUGACCUGCAUUCUGGUCAAAUUCAAGAAGACCGACUUGGCCGAGUCGAUGAAGCGAGCUCUGGAGGACUGCGAAGAGGUGGAACAGGCGAACAAUCAUUCCGAGUCGAAGAAGAUCAAGACGGAGGAAGAGUCUGCUCCUGCCGCUUCUUCUUCCUCAUCUGCCGCUGCUGAGUGCGUGGCCGGUCCAUCUUCCUCUUCAAGUUCAUAA